ACGGUGAGCAGCAGCGCCUCGCGUCGGGGAUUGUGACGCGCCCCGCCGGGGAGGGGCAGGCGGGCGGGGGUGGGCGCCGGCAAGGGGCGGGCGCGCGCGGAGGUGAGAGCCGGCACCUGGCUUAGCGCCCCGCUGCUCGGCGGGAGGCUCCGCGCGGCUGUUGGGGCCGUUGCAGGGUGCGGGCGAGCGUCGACCCGGGCCGCGCCUGGAGGAGGAGGUGGGAGGAGAUGCCUACAUAGAAGAGUGACAGCAGCUGGACUAAAUGUUUAACUGCUGAACUAGUUCCUCAGGUAUCCUGGCUCUAGAGAUUGCUAUGGGAGAUUGGAUGACUGUUACAGAUCCAGGUCUGUCUUCAGAAAGCAAAACUAUCUCUCAACAUACCUCAGAAACAAAGAUGUCUCCAUCAAGUUUAUACUCACAGCAAGUGCUAUGUUCUUCAAUACCUUUAUCAAAAAAUGUGCACAGUUUUUUCAGUGCCUUCUGCACAGAAGAUAAUGUUGAACAGAGUAUUUCAUAUCUUGAUCAGGAAUUGACUACUUUUGGUUUUCCUUCAUUAUAUGAAGAAUCCAAAGGUAAAGAGACAAAGAGAGAGUUAAAUAUAGUAGCUGUUUUAAAUUGUAUGAAUGAGCUGCUUGUGCUUCAGCGGAAGAACCUUCUAGCUCAGGAAAACGUGGAGACACAGAAUUUGAAGCUGGGAAGUGAUAUGGACCAUCUACAGAGCUGCUACUCAAAACUUAAGGAACAACUGGAAACCUCCAGGAGGGAAAUGAUUGGGCUUCAGGAAAGAGACAGACAGUUACAAUGUAAGAACAGGAAUUUGCAUCAGCUACUAAAGAAUGAGAAAGAUGAGGUACAAAAAUUACAAAAUAUCAUUGCAAGUCGAGCUACUCAAUAUAAUCAUGAUAUGAAGAGAAAAGAACGUGAAUAUAAUAAACUGAAGGAACGUCUGCAUCAACUUGUUAUGAACAAGAAAGAUAAGAAAAUAGCUAUGGACAUUUUGAAUUACGUCGGGAGAGCUGAUGGAAAAAGAGGCUCCUGGAGGACUGGUAAAACUGAAGCCAGGAAUGAAGAUGAAAUGUAUAAAAUUCUCUUGAAUGAUUAUGAAUAUCGUCAGAAACAAAUCCUAAUGGAAAAUGCAGAACUUAAGAAGGUUCUUCAACAAAUGAAAAAGGAAAUGAUUUCUCUUCUUUCUCCCCAAAAGAAGAAACCUAGAGAAAGAGUAGAUGAUAGUACAGGAACUGUUAUUUCUGAUGUGGAAGAAGAUGCCGGGGAACUAAGCAGAGAGAGUAUGUGGGACCUUUCCUGUGAAACUGUGAGAGAGCAGCUUACAAACAGCAUCAGAAAACAGUGGAGAAUUUUGAAAAGUCAUGUAGAAAAACUUGAUAACCAAGUUUCAAAGGUACACCUGGAAGGUUUUAACGAUGAAGAUGUAAUCUCACGACAAGACCAUGAACAAGAAACUGAAAAACUUGAGUUAGAAAUUCAGCAGUGUAAAGAAAUGAUUAAAACUCAGCAACAGCUUUUACAGCAGCAGCUCGCUACUGCAUGUGAUGAUGAUACCACUUCACUAUUACGAGACUGUUAUUUGUUGGAGGAAAAGGAACGCCUCAAAGAAGAAUGGACCCUUUUUAAAGAGCAGAAAAAGAAUUUUGAGAGAGAGAGACGAAGCUUUACAGAAGCCGCUAUUCGCCUGGGAUUGGAGAGAAAGGCAUUUGAAGAAGAAAGAGCCAGUUGGUUAAAGCAGCAGUUUUUAAAUAUGACUACCUUUGACCACCAGAACUCAGAAAAUGUGAAACUUUUCAGUGCCUUCUCAGGAAGUUCUGAUUGGGACAAUCUUAUAGUGCACUCGAGGCAACCGCAAAAGAAGCCUCACAGUGUGUCUAAUGGGUCUCCAGUUUGCAUGUCUAAACUUACUAAAUCUCUUCCUGCUUCACCUUCCACUACAGACUUUUGCCAGACACGUUCCUGCGUAUCUGAACAUAGUUCAAUCAAUGUACUGAAUAUAACUGCUGAAGAAAUUAAACCAAAUCAGGUUGGAGGAGAAUGUACAAAUCAAAAAUGGAGUGUAGCAUCAAGACCUGGAUCACAGGAAGGUUGCUAUAGUGGAUGCUCCUUGAGCUACACAAAUUCUCAUGUAGAAAAAGAUGAUUUACCUUAGACAUGUGGACUGGAAUUUUUUUCAUUAACGUGUUCAUCAAAUUUCACAUCUAAGUUGAAACAGGGUGUCAAUUAGAGAUAAUAAAGUCAAUUAUCUCUAAUAACUUCAGAUGGUCUAAGUUGUUUGUUUGGACUUCCCUGUCUUCCCCCAAAGAGUUGAAAUCUUAAAUCUAUUUAAAAGGAUAUAAAAGCUUUGGAUAUGUAUUUUUAGUAACAGAAGCAUCUGGUUCUGUGAAUAAAGGAAUGUAUAGAUGUUUGGAUGGAAACAAAAGCACUAGAAUGAGUUUCCUCUUAUAGGUAUUAAAAAUAGCACUUUUAGGAAACUGAUUAUUGUAAAUGUUUAAUUUUGUCUCAAAUAUAGUUGGCAUUGGAAGUUUAGCCUUUACUUGAAUGUAUACUGUAGAUUUUUAACAAAGUGAGUUCUAUAUUUAUUAUGUUUAGUGUGAUUUGAAAUUACCUCUUUCGUAUGUUUUAAAUAAAGUGAAAUUUAUGUAUGUUUUAUACAUAGAUAUACGUGAUUAUGUUAAGAGGCUUUAAGAUUUAAAAGUUUCACACAACCAUAAGUAUAGUAUUUCAUGCCAGUAAAAUUUUUUUAGUGGUAUUCUGUUUACAGAUGUAUUAGGACCAUUGAUGCAUUACAUUUAAGAAUUCUUUUUAAUACAUCUGGGCAAUAAAUAUUGAAAGGUAUUCCGUGAAGCUGAGUUCUUUAGAUAACCAACACUACUAACAUUACAUUUUUGAGAUUUUUAUGACAUUAGAUUUUUAUUUUGUAUAUGUAGGAUAUUAUAAUUUUUAAAAGGACUAUUGAUGAUAGAGGAAUAGGGGCAAGACAACAAAAGUACCUUUGAAUAAAACAAUUUAAGAAAUUGGUUUAGGAUAUUGGAUGAUAGAAGAUAUUUAAGAUAUCUAGAUGGUGAUAUUUUCCUUACGAGAUGGGUACCAGUAUAGUAAUAUCUGUAUACUAACUAGGGCUUUGUAUUGUCAAUACUUUUUUAAUAAUUUUUUAAUGAGGUAUUUACCACUAAAGAAAUACGGUAAUAUAAAACCAUCAAAUUUUAUAAUUGAGAUGAUACUCUGGAAAACCGUCAUUUCAUUUUCAGAAAACUCUUAGGCUCUCUUCAGUCUCUGUAAUGUUUCUGAUGCAUGUUUCUUCAUGAAAAGUAUGUUGUUGUUUUGAUAGUAAUAAUAAUAAAUGUAGGCUCAGCUCUUUCCCGGGAUUUUCAUCAAAAAGCUUUAAGUGCCUAACCCUGCUUGUCUCUGUACAUAGAAGCCUGCACAAAUCCAACCCUUGCUAGGUAUCGUAGUUUAGGCCCAUUUACCUUCCCCUGUACUGGCAGUUCAGCCACUUACAUGCACUCAUGCUGUUUGUGGCUAUUUUAAAUUCAUAUUAUUAAAAAAAAAAAAAGAAAAAAUCACCUAUUUGUGUUAUCCAUUCACUAUACGUAACUAUGUAACUCUUUGGAGUUGCAUAGCAGCAGCCAUUUUUUCAGGGCUGAUAGGAUAUAAUUAAGAGUAUCUUAUGAGACAUUAGUGGAUAUACUCAUAAUAUAGUAACCAUAUUUAUAGUUUUAAAGAGCUAGCUCUUGAGCAUUAGUCACUCACUACCUUCAGCUUGAUGCAUGGUCACUUCUUUACUAUUUAAAGUACUACACAUUGUACAAAAUAUCGAAGACACUACCAUAUUCUAAAGGAGGAAAUCUAGCUGGGAUAUAGGCUUUUUGUUGUUGUUUUUGUUUUUGUUUGUUUUGCUGUUUAGCAAUAACAUGGUCAAAAAAGGCAAUCAAAUUUUAAAUACAGUUAAUGGAUACAUUUGUCAAGAAUUUUCCCCCGAGGGUUUUCCACGGUGUACUUUGCAAGAAAUAAGCACUCUGAUUUUUAAAGUAAAUCUCUUAUUUUAGCAAAUACUAUAUUUCAUGACAGUGGAGUUCUAGAAAGCAGCAUCUGUUUUUUGUUGUGUGUUUCCGUUUUAAAGUGAGUUGAGUUCUCAAACUGGAAAGAAAAAUUCCUUGAGACUUACUUUAAAAUCUAAAGUGUGAAAGAAACAGCAGAGUAAAAGCCAGACUCGUUGCACCUUCGAUGUCUGCAUAGAUCCAGAAGUUGUACAUUUUACCUAACAACAUGACUUUUGUUGAACAUUCCAACUCCAAAAUGAUCCCCAGUCACCCUAAUCUCAGAAUGUUGGAAUGAUGUCUGUUGGAAAACCCGGGACUCCACACACAAAACUCCUAGGAUUUUGUUUCCCAUCUCUUUCUAGGUGUUUGCAAUGUACGAAUAAUACAGCUGUGCUAAUCUCACAUUUAGCCAUGAUAGAUGAUGGUUCUAGAAUGUACUUCCAUUUGUAAGUCCUCCUGAUAAUCUUAAGUGCUUUCUUGUUUAUCACUAUGUAAAUCUGAAAUAUUUUGUACUUCAUUUGUUUUGAUCCAUUCUGAAUUUUCAAAGCAUAAAAAUGUCAAAAAUUGAGAUAAACAUUUUGUUCACUAUUAACUGUUUGCAUCUGCAGUCUAUGAUGAGAAACAAUGAUAUUAAAUUAUGACUAAAAUUUAACAAAUAGUAUUUUCUUAUAGAAGCAAUGUAUUAAAUGAUUAGAUACACAGGACAGUUCACAGCAAAUUGUUUACUUACAUGGCAUAAUUGAAAUACUGUUAUUUGGAAAGAGUUCUAUACUGCCUACCUUAGCUAACCAGAAUUGUUCAUAGAGUUGAGAUAAUACGGUGUUAUGGGAAAACACAUUUCGUGUGCAUGAUGAAGAGAGCACCGUGAAUCUAGUCUUGACUGCCCCUGGUGGAACAUUUGAAUGCCCCUGGGACUCCAGGAGAGAUGUAUUUUGCAGCAUGUAUGCUAAAUUUGUGAGUUAGCAAGACCCUGCUGUGAUAACGCUGUUGUACAAAUCUUCAAAGUAUAUUGCCUAAUAUAAGUCACGUUAUUUCUAGAUUGGAUUUAAAGUAUGGAUUAUGGAAGUCUAGUAAAUAUACUUUUCCCUAUUUUUGUCCUUUUUCAGUCUUUUGAUAAGCAUUUAUGAAGUACCUGCUGUAUGUCAAGGCUUACUACUACUUUCCAAUCCUUGGCGAUACGAAGACAAAUAAGUACCCUGUCUGCUAUUGAGAAUCUGAGCUGAGUGGAAGACCAACUAUUAAACCUACAUUGUAAUAAACAAUGGUGGAUGCUAGUGACACAUUCAGUCUGUUCAUAAAACAUGGACUGAUGGGUCUGCUCCAGGCCACAUUGGUUUCUUAGCAGUAAUGUGGCUAGGCUUCCAUGUAUAAGUCUUAGCAUUAUUUCUUUUGUGAAGUGCUAUGUAACAGUAACUACUGUUUGCUAGAUUUUGUUUUCUACAAUCAAAAUGUUGACCUGCAAAGCAGCGUAGGAUUUUCUCUCCUCAAGAACAUGUAUUAUUAUCUAGUAGAAAAAGCAUUCCCAAAGAUUUGGUCCAUGCAGAUAAGGAUAAUGAAAUCGCUCACUCAUUCUUUUUCUAAAUACAGUGUUUUUCAAGCUGGAUGUAAAUUAGAGUGGGUGGAUAUUGAUUAAAUUAUUUGAUACAUAUAAAAUCAAAUGACAGGUUUUUUUGAACGUUUACAAAUAAUGGAUUCCUGAGAGCUCAGGAAGUACUGUAAUGUCAGUGACAUAUGAAUCUCCUGAUAAAGAUGCACCUCAUUCAUAUAUUUGAGCUUCAGAAAUACAUGUACCUAGUAUAAUGCUUAACAGCACAGAAUAUUUGUUGAUGAGAAAUAUAAAAUACUGAUGAAACUUAACACAUUUCUUUACUGGAAUGAAUGGACUAUAAAUUUGGGGUUAGAAUCCUAAAACUCCUCUUUCUCAAGAGGGUAGGAACCUUGCCAUGAAUCUUUAUGCAUGUGUAUUUCCAGCCCUAUCUCAACUCCUUGCAUAUAGAGUAUCACGAUAGAGUAGGUAAUGCUGCAAUUAAACAUUAAGUCGGUGUGGCUUACUAAAAUUUAUGCUCAUGAAAUGUCCAGUGUGGACUGGGCAAUCCUCCAUUUUUAGCUAUGCCAUCUGGAACGCAUGGUCUCCAACAUCGCCGAAUCAGAGAGCGAGCAGACUAGCAGAUGGUGUAGGAUAUUUUUAAGGGCCAGACCUGAAAGAGACAUGCCUUCCACCUACAGCCUCACUGCACACAAGACUGGGAGGUAUAGAACAUGUAGCUAUUUGGUGAGCACUUACAGUCUGCUACCGGAUGUAGUUGAUGCUAGAUGUUUCGUCCAUGCAUAUUACUCUGCGAGGGGUUUAUUGCUGAUUAUUAAAGCAAAUAUUCUUAAUUUUGGGGAGGAAUGUAUUUUAAAGCUUCUCACACUUUCUAACCUUUUUAUAAUACAAGUUUCUGAAUGUUCAAAUGGUAGUUUUACUCAUUUAGUUAUUAAAAUAUCUUACAGUGUGCAGAACACUUUUAUUUUUCAACUGUCAGGGAAUCUUAACCUUCCUAUUUUUAGAGUUGAUAACAGACUCAAGUGUUAAAUAAUGAACCCAAGGUCACAUAACUGCUAUUAAGUGAUAAGACCAGACUUUAACCCAUAUCUUAGGUUUGCUAAACUUCCACCAUUUCCCACACUGCUGCAGUGCCUGCUUGUAGGGCUUUCUAAGUGAAAUUCUUCACCCAUUAGCUGCCACCUAUAAUCUACAUCAAAAGUGGUGCUCAUUUGGUCCAUGUGCAAGACUUGGCCUCAUUUUUUUGUGAUUGGUUACCAUGGCAGAUCUAUUCAGGGUUGGACCACUACCUUUUUGCAAUUAAAAUAUUAAGGAUUUCACUGAAAUAGCUAAUUUAGUAGUUUAUGAUACUCUAAAGGCCAUUGAGUAAUCUGAAGAUAUGUCUAGAUCACCUGCAAUUUGUGUGUGUGUGUGACAGUGUCACCCAGGCUGGAGUGCAGUGGCGCCAUCUUGUCUCACUUCAGCCUUGCUCUCUUGGGCUCAAGCAGUCCUCCUACCACAGGCUUCCAAGUAGCUGGGGCUACAGAUGUGCGCCACCACACCUGGCUAGUUUUUUGUAUUUUUUAUAGAGAUGGGGUCUCACCAUGUUGGACAGGCUGGUCUCGAACUCCCAAGCUCAAGUGACCCGCCCCGCUUGGCCUCCCAAAGGGUUGGGAUUACAGACGUGAGCCACCGCCUCUGGCCAGCCUGUGUUUUUCUGGCCUGCCAUUUUGUUCAUUCUUGGCAGUUUGUGUGCCGUGUCCCACUGUAGCUACAGUCACAGUGACCAGAAAUACUUCAUUUUGUCCAAAAGGUUCAGUCACCUUUUGCAGACAUUUUAUCAUGAAAAAUAAAAUAGUAGAAUUAAAGAACGUGAAUAUUUUCACUCAGUUUUAGAAGGAAAAUGGCUGAUGUAGGGCAGCUGGAUAUUUUCUAGUUUCCCUGUUGCAUCUGCAUUUAGAUAGAUUUUCUUGUUUCUGGUCUGUCAUGACAGUUUCAUUCCUGUUUACAGUGUUCUAUUAAAGCAAACCACACCCCAGCCCAGCGUACUCAUUAGAAAAUAAAUAUUUGCAUAUUCCCUAGAACCCUAAAACUGAUAACAAGAACCUACCCUCCAUUCUGGCUUUUGGAUCCAAUUUUCUAUUAUAUAUGAUGUCUAAACCGAGGUGGUCAAUUGUUCAUCCCAGCCAGGCAUAGGAUCAGAUGGCUGAGUUCCCUAGGAUUAGACUCUGCUAGUGCUUAGCCAUGACUACUAUGGCUGGUUUUGUUAACCUCUAAGUAUAGUUUUUACUUGACUGUAACAUGCUAUAAUUUAUUUACCCUACCUUGAGAAUUUUUUCUUCUGUAAUUCUCAGCCCAGAACUAUUAUUUCAAACCAAACUUGUAUUUCACAUUUUUAAUUAGUGAAGAGGCUCAAUGAAAUGCAAUUAUCAUAGUCACCCAAGAGUAUAAAGCUUUUGUGGAAUAUCAAUUUAAUUUCUAACCACUUUUAGUUUCUUUUAUCUUGAAAAUCUUUUACCUUAAUAACUAGUUGAUUUGGUUUUGUAAUGUUAUUCCUUUUAAGCAAAGAGGUAUUAAAUAAUAAGGAAGGCUGGGUGCGGUGGCUCACAGCUGUAAUCCCAGUACUUUGAGAGGCCAAGGCAGGCAGAUCACCUGAGGUCAGGAGUUUGAAACCAGCCUGGCCAACAUGGUGAAACUCCAUUCUCUACUAAAAAUACAAAAAUUAGCCGGGCGUGGUGGCAGGCGCCUGUAAUCCCAGCAACUCGGGAGGCUGAGGCAGGAGAAUUGCUUGAACCCAGGAGUUGGAGGUUGCAGUGAGCCGAGAUCACGCCAUUGUACUCCAGCCUCGGGGACAAGAGCGAGACUUUGUCUCAAAAAUAAAUAAAUAAAAAAUAAAUAAGGAAAAUCUCUAUCAAUUAGAUCUCAGUGAAAUUAAACUUUUCCAAACAGUUUUUCCGAUUCUGUGUUAAUGCCCCAAAGAAAACUAGAAAUACAACAACUAGCCACACAAAGCCUUGGCACAUAUGUUCUAAAGAAGCUAUUUUGAUCUUAAACCAUGAAAAAUUUUAACUGGAAUUUUAAAAAUCACAUUGCCUUUUUAUUUCCGAAGCACUUGUCUUCAUUUUUAUCAUGCCAUUCUCCUGCCUCAGCCUCCCGAGUAGCUGGGACUACAGGUGCCCGCCACCACACCUGGCUAUUUUUUUGUAUUUUUAGUAGAGACAGGGUUUCACCAUGUUAGCCAGGAUGGUCUUGAUCUCCUGGCCUCGUGAUUCACCUGCCUCGGCCUCCCAAAGUGCUGGGAUUAAAGGCAUGAACCACCAUGCCCGGCCCUGAUGAAACUUUUUAAUGCUGUGAACCUAACUCCAUUUUCCCCAUAGGUCCUGUGAUUUUUACUGUAAUUCUGCAAAACAUGGUUUUUAGGGAUAUACAUUGUUGUAUUAAAGCAGAGCUGAUGAAAAAGAGCGCCUUUUGUCCCUCCACUUAUCAUAUGCUGACGGCUGAUAGCCUCUCAAAAUUCCAUGCCAGCUUUCCUGAUUCUACACAUCUGUAACAAACUAUUAUUUGAGGGACAGAAAGUUUAAAAAUUAAAAACAACCGUCAAAAAUACAUCAAGCCCUUGCUGUGGCAGGCACCACACUAAGCCUUAAUAAGCCAUUUCUUUGACUUCGCAACAAUUCUCUAUGCAGAAGCUAUUGUUAUACUCACUUUAUAGACGAGAAAACUGAUGCAAAGAAAGGUAAACUUGCCCAGUGCCACACAGCUAAUACGUGGUGAAGAGGGCAUGUGAACACCAGGAAUCAUUUCAUGGCACAUUUUCUACUGAAUCUGAUGAACUUGCAAGUGCCUGAUUGCAUGCUGCUCACCAGGGGUGUUGCCUGACAGGUCUGGACGGGCUGACCUUGAGAAAGGAUCAACAUGCCUUUGGCUAGAGAUUUACUGCAUCCAUCCUUGGAAAAGGAAAAGAAAAGAAAU